CUCGCUCAUCUUCUGUGUGUACCUGCCUAUAUAUAACCGCAGCCGAUAACAUGAAGACGUCAAACUUUCUUUCUUUAAAUCUCAAGAACAAGAACAAUACUAGUCUUCACCAAGAUUCCUAGAGAAUAAUAUAUCAGCAUACAUACUCUUCUUGGAAGGCAAGAAACAUGAGUCAACAAGAAGCUGCGACUGCGAGGAAUCUUGAACUUGAUCUGAAACUAAAUUUAUUGGAUUCAUCUUUGCCCACUGAGAGCUCAUCUUCGUCGUUAUGCUCGGAGGAAGCUGAAGGUGGAGGAGGAGGAGGAGGAGGAGGAGGAGGAGGAGGAGGAGGAGGAGGAGGAGGAGGAGGAGGAGGAGAGGCUAAAUCAAUGGUGGUCGUUGGUUGCCCUAAUUGCAUCAUGUACAUCAUCAUGUCUUUGGAGAGUAACCCUAGAUGCCCUAGAUGCAACAGCCAAGUUUUGCUUGAUUUUCUCACAGGAAACAGUAGCAAGAAAAGUAAUUAGGAUAAUAUCUAAUUAAGAUUAUUCUUAUAGUAAUCUGUUACCACAUAUAUAUUGAUAGUUUGAAUUAUUCGAUGAA